GGGCUGAGAGCCACUCAAGGUGCCGGCUGUGGGCGCAGCACUGGGGGCUCCCAGGGGGCUGCUCUCUGGCGGACAGACUCAACAAAUGGGACAAAGCUCCGGGGCCCCGGAGAGUGACCACCUGCUCAGGAACGCUAACGAAGCGGAGAUGGAUGGGAGGGGGGUCCCUGGAAGGAAGCAGGACUCUAAGGGACAGGGAGGGCACUGUGUGCGGAGGGGGAGGUCGGUCUCAUGGCCCCUCCCCCCGCGUGAUGUUGGGGCGUGCCUGAGCCCCGCCCCCCCGGACCUGAUGUUGGGGCGCGUCUGAGCCCCCGCCCUCUGGCCGUGAAGCAGCCCAAGGUCCAUACUGGACAGCACUGCCCUCCCCACCAGGGUAGGUGAGCUCUCCCCUUCGGACCCUCCGGAGCCCGUCUGGGUUCCCUGCGCAUGGUUUUCCCUCUCCCUCUCCCUCUGGGGCUGGUCCCAAGCAGUCCCGAACGCCCAUCUGUGAGUCCGCGGCGGCUCCCGUCGGUCUGUCCCCCUCCUCUGCCCCGCAAGCCGGGCCCUGGUCUCCCAGCACGCACGUGGAUGGAGCCGCGGGACUCUGGGCCGCGCUCUGCCCGGCGCAGGGAAGAAGAGUCCUUGCUGGUCCCCUCAGCUUGCAGGCUCCGCCCUGCCCGGCCCCGGGCUCUGCCCAGGUCAAGGCCCAAGUCGGACGGGCACCCCGUGCCCCCUCGUGCCGGGGGGGGGGCCGGGAGAGCUCGGUCCCCCCCAAGGCGGGUGGCUCCCACAAUUUCCAAGGAGAUGAAGCCAGAAGGGCCUCGGGGUCCCAGUGAGAAUUCCCCCAAGGGGGUGCUCAGGGGCCACCUCCCAGGGUUCAGCAGCCUGCCUGGCACGCAGUAGGUGCUUUGGGCAUUGGGAACGGUGGGGGGAGGGUCAGCCGCCCCAGCUUCUGGCUGCCCACCACUCCCCCAUAAAGGAAAUUGAUCCCGGCCACCCCUGCCCCCAUCGCCUCCAGGAGCAAACUCCUUUGGCCUAAAACUGGGUGGAAUGGGACCCCAAAGGCCAGCGAGCCACCCCCCUCAGGGCCCAGGAGAAGAGCCGAAGGCCCUGGAGGGCCCCGGGAAUGAGACACAGUUCAUAGGCCAUCUCCCUGGCUCAGCCCCCCCCCCCCAGGGUCACAUGGGGGAGGCAGGGCCAACGGCAGAGCGGCUCCUGCUCCGCAUGUGAGACCUGCUGGGGUUCCCGUGUGCCCUGCAGCUUCCUGGCUGCAGACCAUGGGCCGCUGGCCGCCUGUCCUGCUCUGCCUGGGGCUGUACCUGAGCCAGGAGACCAGGGCACAGAAUGAAACCUUUCCCAGGCCCCAGAUCAUUUUCGAGACCGGCUCUGUGGUCAUGGUGGACAAGCCCGUGUUCAUCCGGUGCCGGGGGCCCAAGGAGGCCCGUGUGUUCGUCCUGCAGAAGAGGGAGGACAAGGACUUCAUGGAGAGCGAGCACUCCAUCUGGAACGAGGCCCUCUUCUUCUUCCCCCACAUGAACGACACCAUGGCCGGCCACUACAGCUGCUUCUAUCAGUCCGCCUCCGGCAUCUCGCCGCUCAGCGAGAGCGUGAAGCUGGCUGUGGCCGGCGUGAUCCCCAAACCCCACCUCGUGGCCAGUCCCGGCCCCCGGGUGGCCCCGGGCAAGGCUCUGUCCUUUAAGUGCUGGUCGGACCAAAAGCUGGACCGGCUGGUCGUGUAUCAGGACGAGGGGCUCAUCCCGCUCAUGUACCGGCUCGCCCCCGACGCGGAGAUCCAGGUCUCCUUCCCCAAGGCCGGCGCCAAACACGAGGGCAUCUACUCCUGCAUCGGCUUUGCCAGCGAGGAGCCCCUCAGGUGGUCGAUGCCCAGCGACCCCCUGGUGCUCACAGUCUCCCGCUCUCCGAGGCUCACUGCGAGGAUCACGGUCCUGGUGCUGCUGCCGGCCCUGGGCACGUUGCUGCGCUAAGCACGGACCGGACGGACGGGGCGCGGGGAAGGCGGCCGAUCGCUGCCCCAGGCCAGAGCCCCGGUGCAAGCACAGGCAAUAAACGCGAGGUCAAUGUCA